AUGGUGCGCUUUGUGACUAUAACCCCGGAGAUGGGCGCGGCUGUCCUACAGCACCUUCGGGACAGCUUCUUCGCAGAUGAGCCUCUUAAUAAGGCUGUGUCUCUGUGUGAAAGGGGACAGCCACACGCUGCCCUCGAAGGACUCUGCACCGCUACCAUGGCUGAUGGGCUAUCUGUCGCUGCGAUAGAUGAUGAUACGGUCCUAGGCGUUGCUCUUAAUGGGAUAUUGUGA